ACACUUUAGCCAUUUAUAAAUGUUCAGAUCAAGUUGCCAGAUUGGUGUGUUUUCCAGUAAUUGUUCAAAAUCCACAAUCCAAAAUUAUAAACACACACAUCUACUACAGUAUUGUGGCUCAUCAAAUGGCAUGUAAUAAAGGAAAUUAAGUGCUCUCUAAAGAAGGCUACAUUGUAAGGCUACGUGUCUGUCAUUUGCCUUAAAGAAAUAAAAGGGAACAACAGAAAUAUCAAAAUGCCACCUGUCUAAAGCUAUUUUAUUCCACCUAGUACAAACUAAUAUCUAAUUGAAAACUGACCAAUCUGCCAACACCGAUGGAAAAAAAAUACUGGUAAAAAUGUAAGGAGUUCAUUUGUUCUCUCUCUCUAUCUCUUUCUUUUUUUAUCAGGUCCUUCAAAUUCUCCCCUCCUUUAUUUUAACCUCCCUCAACACAAACAUACACACACACACACACAAACCAAAGGCACUUUUAAGAGCCACGUCCGUCUUGUUACCCUGCACUUGUCUGUCUGUAGCUCGCUCUCUCUCUCUCUCUCUCUGUUUAUAUUUCUAUUUGUUGUCUCUGUCCAUCUUUUUUGUAAGUCUUUCUGUCUGUUUUUGUUUCUGCCCAUCACCAUGAGUGAUUCAGAACUCCAAGAACAGUUAAUGGAGCUGGAUAAACUGGUUGAUGAUCAAGAACUCAAUGAUGAGCUCCAAAGUCUUGAUGACUUGAUUGGUGAGCUGCAGGAAGAGAAGGAAGUGGCACCAGUAAAGACACCUGAACCGAGGGUGCGUUGGAGAAAGAGAGACAUUGAUGGAAACAUUGUCUAUGCAAGGCCAAGAUCAAGCAGGAAUCAGUCAAAUAAGGCUGAUCCCAUUCGGAAAUCUGAUCCUCCCAUCAAUGCACCUGCCACUAACUGUGAGGUGACCUUUGCUCCAGAGGCUGUUGAGUCUUUUCUGCAAGAUCUCCAGCACUCACUGAGCAAUACCUCAGAUGAUGAGGCAUCAUCUCUUGAGACCUCAAGAGGUCCUCUCCUAGCUUCCUCAAACUGGAGCACAAGACAAAGUCUCUUUUCAGAGAGAUGGAGGACAGAGAGACCACGUCUGGUGAACACCGCUGCGGCACAUGAAAAUGUAGCAACACGCAUCUGCCAACAGUGUGGGAGCAAUCCAGCUGCUGUCCGCUGCAGUGACUGUCGACCACAGCCCUUUUUCUGUGCUCAGUGUGAUGUCAGUAUGCACACCAGACAUGUUCUCCAUAACAGAGAUGCCAUGACGGCUGGAUUCUACCAGCCAUUGCCUCCAACAACUUUUGUUGUAGAUAAGGCUCUUUCCCAUUGUGGUAAGUGCUGGUUUGUGAGUGUACAACAUACACAUAAUUCUGAGAGUUGUUAGGCCUCAUAUGUUUUACUAUUUAAAUAAUGCCCUUUUUUUGUCUCUUGUUGUUUGAUAUUGAAUUUAAGCUUUUUGAGCAUCUCUUCUAUAUUUUUCAGCAAUGUACUCCAAUACCAUUGAACCGUUACAAUGUUAUAUCAGUCUAUACAAAUUGUCUUAAUACUCAAUC